CUCUUGGCCACUUUAAAAUUGAAGGACAAACUUACAUGCAUGUAUUAUAUAUACAUACAUAGCCAUAAUAAUAACAACAUUACAAUAAUAUAAUAGCAUAAAUGGACAAUAACCCAUUCUUCAUCAUCCUCAUCACAACAUUGUUGUUCCUUUAUUCAUCACAGACCAUCUCUAGUCAUGAGCAUAACAAUGAGGAAGCAAAAUUCAGUUACAUGAAAAAAUCUGAGAAUGGCCCAGAAAAAUGGGGAAAUCUUAAUCCAAAAUAUACAGAAUGUAGUACUGGGAAAUUUCAGUCCCCCAUUGAUCUUGAUGACUCAACGGUCCAGAUUACCUCCACCCUUGGCCAAUUGAUUAGGAAGUAUAAACCUGCACCCGCUUCCAUCAUUAAUAGAGGUCAUGCUCUUCAGAUAAAGUGGGAAGAUGACGCAGGGAAGAUUGUGAUAAAUGGUACUGAAUACAAACUACAACAAGCCCAUUGGCACACUCCCUCCGAAAACACUGUGAAUGGCAAAAGUUUCGAUAUGGAGAUGCAUUUGGUUCAUAAGAAUGCACAUGAUGAAUUGGCUGCUGUCGGAAUCUUAUACAAAAUUGGAGCCCCUGAUCCUUUCCUUGAACAUUUAUUGAGCCAUAUCAAGACAGCAGAUCAUGAGGGUAAGGAAUUAGGUAUAAUUAAUCCAAAAAAGAUCAGAUAUGGAAGCAAGAAGUAUUACAGAUUCAUUGGCUCUCUCACAACUCCACCAUGUUCACAAGGUGUUCUCUGGACAGUUAUCAGCAAGGCCAAGACAGUAUCUAAGGAACAGCUAGACGCGAUAAAGGAUGCUGUUGAUGAAGGUUUCCAAGAAAAUGCAAGGCCAGUGCAGCCACUCAAUGGAAGGGAGGUUUAUCAGAAUCAGCCAUAGGACUGUUGUGGCCUAAAAACAACUACUCUGUACCAUACCAUGCACAAGUACAUGCAAUCUGUAACUUUUACCCAUUUCAAAUCAUUGAGCAAGAGAUGUACCUUUUUUUGCCAGUUAUCUUUGUUAGGGGGAAAACAUCUAAUAUAUU